UAACUGGAUGGUUAGCAUGUUGGCUGUGAUGCUAACGAGCCCGCGGUGUAACCGAACAAAACAUUAGCUGCGAUGCUAAACCGAUAGUCAGUUUAAAGCUCGUGCUCAUCAGAAGCCACUGUGCUAACGACUAGUUAUUUGCUAACGACUAGUUAUGUGCUAGCAACUAGUUAACCUAAUCAGAAGCCCCUGUGCUAAGGACUAGUUAGUCUCUUUAGCCUCCAACAGCAGCAUCAGCUGCAGCUGUCAACACUGCGCCUCCUGCUAGCUGCUAGCUGCUAGCUGUUAGCAUCACAGCAUCAUGGAGUCGAACCCUCCGAAGAGACGCGACAGUAAGAAAUCUCUGCGGGUGAAGGUGAUCAGCCUGGGGGACGCGGAGGUCGGGAAGAGCUGCAUCAUCAAACGUUAUUGUGAGAAAAGAUUCGUCCCCAAGUAUUUGGCCACGAUUGGAAUCGACUACGGAGUAACCAAGGUGCAGGUCCGGGACAGGGAGAUCAAAGUGAACAUCUUCGACAUGGCCGGUCAUCCGUUCUUCUACGAAGUGCGUAACGAGUUCUAUAAGGACAGUCAGGGCGUGCUGCUGGUGUACGACGUGGGCCUCCGGGAGAGCUUCGACGCCCUCGACUCCUGGCUGGGCGAGAUGAAACAGGAAAUGGGCUCCCAGGCCAACAUGGACAGCAUCGUCUUCAUCGUCUGCGCCAACAAGGUGGACCUGACGAAGCGACGCGUGGUGGACGAGGGGGAGGGGCGGCUGUGGGCGGAGUCCAGAGGGUUUCACUACUUUGAGACGUCGGCACAAAGCGGCGAAGGAAUCAACGAGAUGUUUCAGGCGUUCUUCUCGUCCAUCACUGACAUGUGUGAAAAUGGCGGGAAGCGUCCGGUGGCCGAGGUCAGCGUCGGCUUCACCAAAGAACAGGCCGACACCAUCCGGCGCAUCCGAAGCAGCAAAGACUCAUGGGACAUGUUGGGUGUGAAGCCCGGCGCCACGCGGGAGGAGGUGAACAAGGCGUACAGGAAGCUGGCCGUCCUGCUGCAUCCCGACAAGUGUGUGGCCCCCGGAAGUGAAGACGCCUUCAAGGCCGUGGUGAACGCCCGCACGUCCCUGCUGAAGAACAUCAAAUAACAGACCUGUGUGUGUGUGUGUGAGUGUGUGUGAGUGAGUGUGAGUGUGAGUGUGAGUGUGUGUGAGUGGAGUGUGUGUGUGUGUGUGUGUGUGAGUGUGAGUGUGUGUGUGUGUGAGUGAGUGUGUGUGAGUGAGU